AGAAACUCUUGCUGUCGUGUAAAAAGUUAAGUUUUUCGGUAUCGUUCAUUUGAAGUAUAUUUAUUAAAAGUAAAAAUUAUAAUGCCAUCUGGUAAAAAGUUGACUAAGGAGGAAGAACUCCUUUUGCAAGAUUUUAGUAGAAAUGUAUCUACAAAAUCAUCUGCUUUAUUUUAUGGAAACGCAUUUAUUGUUUCGGCUAUACCGCUAUGGCUGUUUUGGAGAAUUCAUCAAAUGGAUCCUUAUCAAUCAGCAUUUCUGUUUGCUGUGGUGACACUCAUUAGCACUUGGUUAGUUGCCUUCGCAUAUAAAAAUGUGAAGUUUGUUUUGAAACAUAAAAUUGCUGUUAAAAGAGAAGAAGCUGUAUCACGCGACAUUAUGAGAACUUUGGCAGAUGAUAAAAAAAUGUCAAAGAAGGAAAAGGAUGAGCGAAUCCUGUGGAAAAAAAAUGAGGUUGCAGAUUAUGAAGCAACAACUUUUUCUAUAUUCUACAAUAAUGCUCUAUAUUUGAUGUUGAUAAUUUUGCUGUCAUUUUACUUCUUGCGUUCAUUUGCAUCCAGCAUAAAUUAUGUGGUCUCAGUUGGAGCUGCAGGAGGAUUAUUAGCUCUCUUCUCUACCAGUUCAAGUUAAAAGCAUAUUUAUUUCAUUGUUUUGUAAUAAAAUAAACGCUCAAUUUCA